CUUCUUCCUCCUCUCCAGACUCCGCAGCAGCAGCCGCCUCCCUGCUGCGCAGCCGCCGAAAUAGAAAACCCUAACCCUAGCUUAGCGGCCCCGGAGAUCUAGACUAUACCACCAUGGCGCCGACCAAGGGAGAGGGCCCGGCCAUCGGCAUCGACCUCGGCACGACCUACUCGUGCGUCGGCGUGUGGCAGCACGACCGCGUCGAGAUCAUCGCCAACGACCAGGGCAACCGCACCACGCCCUCGUACGUCGGCUUCACCGACACCGAGCGCCUCAUCGGAGAUGCCGCCAAGAACCAGGUCGCCAUGAACCCCAUCAACACGGUCUUCGAUGCGAAGCGUCUUAUCGGCAGAAGGUUCUCUGAUGCCCCUGUCCAGAGCGAUAUCAAGAUGUGGCCGUAUAAGGUUAUUUCUGGCCCAGCAGACAAGCCUAUGAUUGUAGUGCAGUACAAGGGUGAGGACAAGCAGUUUUCAGCUGAAGAAAUUUCUUCCAUGGUUCUUAUCAAGAUGCGUGAGAUUGCUGAAGCUUACCUAGGAGUAACUAUUAAGAAUGCUGUUGUCACUGUUCCUGCUUACUUCAAUGAUUCCCAGAGGCAGGCAACUAAGGAUGCUGGUGUUAUUGCUGGUCUUAAUGUCAUGCGUAUCAUCAACGAGCCAACUGCAGCUGCAAUUGCCUAUGGUCUUGACAAGAAGGCUACCAGUGUUGGUGAGAAGAAUGUGCUUAUUUUUGACCUCGGUGGUGGCACUUUUGAUGUCUCUCUCCUCACUAUUGAGGAGGGUAUCUUCGAGGUGAAGGCAACAGCUGGUGACACUCACCUUGGUGGGGAGGACUUUGACAAUCGCCUGGUUAACCACUUUGUCCAAGAAUUUAAGAGGAAACACAAGAAGGAUAUCAGUGGAAACCCCAGGUCUUUGAGGAGGCUCAGGACUUCAUGUGAGAGGGCGAAGAGAACGCUUUCUUCCACAGCCCAAACUACCAUCGAAAUUGAUUCCCUCUAUGAAGGUGUUGAUUUCUAUUCCACGAUCACCAGGGCCAGGUUUGAGGAGCUUAACAUGGACCUCUUCAGGAAGUGCAUGGAGCCUGUGGAGAAGUGCCUGAGGGAUGCCAAGAUGGACAAGAGCACUAUCCAUGAUGUUGUCCUUGUUGGUGGUUCUACUAGAAUCCCUAGAGUUCAGCAGCUGCUGCAGGACUUCUUCAAUGGGAAGGAACUCUGCAAGAGCAUUAACCCUGAUGAGGCUGUUGCCUAUGGUGCUGCUGUCCAGGCUGCUAUCCUUAGUGGUGAGGGGAAUGAGAAGGUGCAGGACCUUCUCCUCCUUGAUGUGACUCCACUGUCUCUUGGUCUUGAGACUGCUGGUGGAGUUAUGACUGUGCUCAUCACAAGGAACACCACCAUUCCUACCAAGAAGGAGCAGGUCUUCUCCACCUACUCUGAUAACCAGCCUGGUGUAUUGAUCCAGGUGUUUGAGGGUGAGAGGACAAGGACUAGGGACAACAAUCUCCUUGGCAAGUUUGAACUUUCUGGAAUCCCGCCUGCUCCCAGGGGUGUUCCUCAGAUCACUGUCUGCUUCGACAUUGAUGCCAAUGGUAUUCUGAACGUCUCUGCUGAGGACAAGACAACUGGCCAGAAGAACAAGAUCACCAUCACCAACGACAAGGGAAGGCUGAGCAAGGAUGACAUUGAGAAGAUGGUUCAGGAUGCUGAGAAGUACAAGUCUGAGGAUGAGGAGCACAAGAAGAAGGUUGAAGCCAAGAACACCCUGGAGAACUAUGCUUACAACAUGAGGAACACCAUCAGUGAUGAGAAGAUUGCUUCCAAGCUGCCAGCGGACGACAAGAAGAAGAUUGAGGACGCCGUUGACCAGGCCAUCCAGUGGCUGGACAACAACCAGCUGGCUGAGGUGGACGAGUUCGAAGACAAGAUGAAGGAGCUCGAGGGCCUCUGCAACCCCAUCAUCGCCAAGAUGUACCAGGGUGCCGGUGCUGACAUGCCCGGUGGUAUGGAUGAAGAUGCCCCGGCUGCCAGUGGAGGUGCUGGCCCGAAGAUUGAGGAGGUCGACUAAAUUAUUACGUGACUUUCGUAUAGUGGUUAAACACUAUAGGCCUUUUGUUUCUGUCCCAGGUGCCAAUCAUAUCACUUGGGCUGGAAAUUUUGUUAUAUCAGACUUGGUGUGUAUGCGUCAGGAACAAUGCAAUGAUGCAUGGUUUUGGCCUAUUUGUUAAUUUCACCAAAUGCUUUGGGGACUACCUUUGAUUGCAUGCAGUUCUGAUUCUCGCUCGUA